AUGUCCCUGCCUGUCACAGCUGAGGAGGUGUAGAGGAGCGAUGAGCCCCAUGUUAGGAUGACUUAUGGUGUCUCACUUUGACUCUGAUAGAAAGGUAGAGUGUGUCUGCACAGACGGACCGAUGGAUGGAGAGGGGGAUCAAUUCUUACCUCUCCAUGUGUGAUCUUCAUCUUCCCUCCCCCCUGAACAGGGAUAUUUGGACACUUUGUACUCUCUCUCCUCUCUCUCUCCUCUCUCUCUCUCUCUCUCUCUCUCUCUCUCUCUCCCUCUCUCUCUCUCUCUCUCUCUCUCUCUCCCUCUCUCUCUGUAUGUGUGUGUGUUUCUUUAUGUACCAGUCUACAAAAGUUAUCAAAUUAAGAGCAUACAGUGCAUUGCAAAAUUAAUCAUCCCCCUUGGCGUUUUUUCCUAUUUUGUUGCAUUACAACCUGUAAUUUAAAUGGAUUUUUACUUGGAUUUCAUGUAAUGGACAUACACAAAAUAGACCAAAUUGGUGAAGUGAAAUAAACAAAAUAUAAUAUAAUAUAAUAUAAUAUAUAAUAUAUAAUAUAUAAUAUAAUAUAAUAUAAUAUAAAUAAUAUAAAAAAUAAAAUAACUUGUUUCAGAAAAGUGGUGCGUGCAUAUGUAUUCACCCCCUUUGCUAUGAAGCCCCUAAAUAAGAUCUGGUGCAACCGAUUACCUUCAGAAGUCACAUAAUUAGUUAAAUAAAGUCUACCUGUGUGCAAUCUAGGUGUCACAUGAUCUGAGUAUAUAUACACCUGUUCUGAAAUGCCCCAGGGUCUGCAACACCACUAAGGGCUCCCGAGUGGCGCAGCGGUCUAAGGCACUGCAUCUCAGUGCUUGAGUCGUCACUACAGACCCCCUGGUUCGAUUCCAGGCUGUAUCACAACCGGCCGUGAUUGGGAGUCCCAUAGGGCGGCGCACAAUUGGCCCAGCGUCGUCCGGGUUUGGCCGGUGUAGGCCGUCAUUGUAAAUAAGAAUUUGUUCUUAACUGACUUGCCUAGUUAAAUAAAGGUAUAAAAAAAUAAGCAAGGGGCACCACCAAGCAAGCGGCACCAUGAAGACCAAGGAGCUUUCCAAACAGGUCAGGUACAAAGUUGUGGAGAAGUACAGAUCAGGGUUGGGUUAUAAAAAAAUAUCCGAAACUUUGAACAUCCCACGGAGCACCAUUAAAUCCAUUAUAAAAAAAUUGAAAGAAUAUGGCACCACAACAAACCUGCCAAGAGAGGGCUGCCCACCAAAACUCACGGACCAGGCAAGGAGGGCAUUAAUCAGAGAGGCAACAAAGAGACCAAAGAUAACCCUGAAGGAGCUGCAAAUCUCCACAGCGGAGAUUGGAGUAUCUGUCCAUUGGACCACUUUAAGCCAUACACUCCAUAGAGCUGGGCUUUACAGAAGAGUAGCCAGAAAAAUAGCCAUUGCUUAAAGAAAAAAAUAAGCAAACACGUUUGGUGUUCGCCAAAAGGCAUGUGGGAGACUCCCCAAACAUAUGGAAGAAGGUACUCUGGUCAGGUGAGACUAAAAUUGAGCUUUUUGGCCAUCAAGGAAAACGCUGUGUCUGGAUCAAACCCAUCACCCCGAGAACACCAUCCCCAUAGUGAAGCAUGGUGGUGGCAGCAUCAUGCUGUCGGCAGGGACUGGGAAACUGGUCAGAAUUGAAGGAAUGAUGGAUGGCGCUAAAUACAGGGAAAUUCUUGAGGGAAACCUGUUUCAGUCUUCCAGAGAUUUGGGACGGAGGUUCACCUUCCAGCAGGACAAUGACCCUAAGCAUACUGCUAAAGCAACACUCGAGUGGUUUAAGCGGAAACAUUUAAAUGUCUUGGAAUGGCCUAGUCAUAGCCCAGACCUCAAUCUGUGGUAUGACUUAAAGAUUGCUGUACACCAGCAGCACCCAUCCAACUUGAAGGAGCUGGAGCAGUUUUGCCUUGAAGAAUGGGCCAAAAUCCCAGUGGCUAGAUGUGACAAGCUUAUAUAGACAUACCCCAAGAGACUUGCAGCUGUAAUUGCUGCAAAAGGUGGCUCUACAAAGUAUUGCCUUUUGUCUUAUUUCUUGUAUGUUUCACAGGAAAAAAUAUUUUGCAUCUUCAAAGUGGUAGGCAUGUUGUGUAAAUCAAAUGAUACAAACCCCCCAAAAAUCCAUUUCAAUUCCAGGUUAUAUCUGUAUACCCUCAAAUAAAAGGUAACAUUCUGUAUUGUUGCCUAGUAUGAAACAUUUGAUCUCAAAUCCAAAAUGCUGCAGUAUAGAUUCAAAUGUAAACAUUUUAGCUUCACUGUCCAAAUAAAUGAGAGAUCCAGACUGAGACCAUUGUGCAGAAAUGCAGGUUUUUAUUUACGCCUUAAUGUUCAUCAUUAAAAUUCAUUAGAAUUUCAUUAAGGUAUGUGAUGGCCGAAUGUUGUACAUUAAGGCUGGCAUUACUGGUAACUGAUGUUUUACAUUAUGGCUGGCUUACUCGUAUUUGUAAGUGUAGUAGAAGUUUCCACUACUAAGUUUGCAGGUUACGCUGUGACUGCCAGACAUGAGCUCAGUGUUGGUGCAGGUUCCCAGGAGGUCAUCGAAGUUUAGGUCCUUGUCCCAGAUCUCAAACUUCAAGGAAGCACUGGAUGGCACAUCCAGAAAGCUGAAUACGGCACUCCAGGAUGGAUUAUGAGUGUCCUUCUGCCAGUUUGUCAUGCCACCGGAUUCGCCACCACACCAAACCUUGACGUAGGGGUCAGGGUAAUUACCAGCAAUGUCCCCUUCAACCAUGCCGCUGGCAUGAAGGCCGAACACCCUGACGUUUGCACCAUGGACGCCGGCCAGCAUACAGAGAAACAGCAGUCCCAGAGAGCGGGAGGCCAUGGCUUUCAAAAGGGGAAAGCAAACUAAGAGAGGAAAAAAAAAUAGAAAAAUAGAGUUUAAAAAAACACUAAGUAAGAUACAACACUAACAGUCUUCAGAGAAGAGGAGCUACAACACUAACAGUCUUCAGAGAAGAGGAGAUACAACACUAACAGUCUUCAGAGAAGAGGAGAUACAACACUAACAGUCUUCAGAGAAGAGGAGAUACAACACUAACAGUCUUCAGAGAGGAAGAGAUACAACACUAACAGUCUUCAGAGAAGAGGAGAUACAACACUAAAUAUUCAGCGAAGAGGAGAUACAACACUAAAGGUCUUCAGAGAAGAGGCGAUACAACACUAACAGUCUUCAGAGAAGAGGAAAUACAACACUAACAGUCUUCAGAGAAGAGGAGAUACAACACUAACAGUCUUCAGCGAAGAGGAGAUACAACACUAAAGGUCUUCAGAGAAGAGGAGAUACAACACUAACAGUCUUCAGAGAAGAUGAGAUACAACACUAACAGUCUUCAGAGACGAGGAUAUACAACACUAACAGUCUUCAGAGAAGAGGAGAUACAACACUAACAGUCUUCAGAGAAGAGGAGAUACAACGCUAACAGUCUUCAUAGAAGAGGAGAUACAACAUUAACAGUCUUCAGAGAAGAGUAGAUACAACUCUAACCGUCUUCAGACAAGAGGAGAUACAAAACUAACAGUCUCAGAGAAGAGGAGAUACAACACUAACAGUCUUCAGAGAAGAGGAGAUACAACACUAACAGUCUUCAGAGAAGAGGAGAUACAACACUAACAGUCUUCAGAGAAGAGGAGAUACAACACUAACAGUCUUCAGAGAAGAGGAGAUACAACACUAAAUCUUCAGAGAAGAGGAGAUACAACCUACAGUCUUCAGGGAAGAGGUGAAAAAACACUAACAGUCGUCAGCGAAGAGGAGAUACAACACUAACAGUCUUCAGCGAAGAGGAGAUACAACACUAAAAGUCUUCAGAGAAGAAGAUAUACAUUAACAGUCCUCAGAGAAGAGGAGAUACAACACUAACAGUCCUCAGAGAGAAGAGGAGAUACAACACUAACAGUCUUCAGAGAAGAGGAGAUACAACACUAACAGUCUUCAGAGAAGAGGAGAUACAACACUAACAGUCUUCAGAGAAGAGGAGAUACAACACUAACAGUCUUCAGAGAAGAGGAGAUACAACACUAACAGUCUUCAGAGAAGAAGAGAUACAACACUAACAGUCCUCAGAGAAGAGGAGAUACAACACUAACAGUCUUCAGGGAAGAGGAGAUACAACACUAACAGUCUUCGGAGAAGAGGAGAUACAACGCUAACAGUCUUCAGAGAAGAGGAGAUACAACACUAACAGUCUUCAGAAAAGAGGAGAUACAACACUAACAGUCUUCAGAGAAGAGGAGAUACAACACUAACAGUCUUCAGACUAUAUAAAUACAAAUUAAGUCAAAAAAAGAGAGGAAGGAGAAGCAUGAUGUCAAUUUUCAAGGGAAUAAUUUUGUUAGUGGUACAAUAUGCAAAAUGCUAUAAAGUACACUUGUUACAGGACUCAUAAAAACUAUAUGAAGAUGAGAAUGUAGUAGAUCUUACCUGUGCUAUGUAGAGUCUGGAGAUGAGCGUCUGUAUCUCAGUGGAACCAACCAAUGAUGGUUUUUCCAAUGCCCAUUCACUGUUUAUAUAUACUUCAUUGUGCUUCCCCAAUUCAAAGGUAACCCUAGAUGGUCUGUUUUCAGUGAUGCCUCAACCAAUGAGAUUACACGGAGUCAGCGACGCCUACAAUACAAGCAAGCUUUCAGAGAAAUGACAGCCAGGCUUUAGACCAAUAAGGCUAUUCCAAGUUGCACAAUUAGACAAACAGAACUUGGCAUCAUCUCAGGGUUGUUGGCAUGAUAUCAGAUUAAUUAGAAGAAUCAGUUUUUUUUUUUAUAUGUUAUGGUCUCUGCUCCUGUGCUCUGGGCACUGUGCAGUGUGCACCUUCCCACUCGCACACAGACACCACCCCCUCCCCUGACACUUAAAACAACAAAUAGAUGAAAGAUCACUUCUUCCCCUCUGACAUCAAGCAGUUUCAACUGGCUAUUUGCAUUUGAGGUUUAGUCAUAUGGACACCGAAACACAUUGAGACAUUAUUUUACUGUAAUAGAUACCCUUUUUAUAUCUCAACUCCUAAAAUUCAGAACAGAACAGAACAGACCCUACUAAAACGGGAGUAUCAAUGAACAUGAUUGUGGAAAAUGAAUGCUAAAUUCUGUUGCGUGCGGCAUUGCGGUACCAUGUCAAUCUAGCAGCAUUUUUGCCACAGACUGUUAUGUGCUAGCUGUCUAGUCUGUGUUUUAUAAAUGUGCAAUGAACAUAAAAAAAAUAUGCAAUUGUAUACAUAGCCGCGGGAAGUAGGGGUGGUGAGGGUGCCGCAGCACCCCCUGAAAAAUCAGAAUAAAAACAAUAUAUAAUAAAACAAAAAAAGAUAGACAUACAGUUGAAGUCGGAAGUUUACAUACACCUUAGCCAAAUACAUUUAAACUCAGUUUUUCACAAUUUCUGACAUUUAAUCCUAGUAAAAAUUCCCUGUCUUAGGUCAGUUAGGAUCACCACUUUAUUUUUAAAAUGUCAGAAUAAUAGUAGAGAGAAUUAUUUAUUUCAGCUUUUAUUUCUUUAAUCGCAUUCCCAGUGGGUCAGAAGUUUACAUACACUCAAUUGGUAUUUGGUAGCAUUGCCUUUAAAUUGUUUAACUUGGGUCAAACGUUUCGGGUAGCCUUCCACAAGCUUCCCACAAUAAGUUGGGUGAAUUUUGGCCCAUACCUCCUGACAGAGCUGGUGUAACUGAGUUAGGUUUGUAGGCCUCCUUGCUCGCACAUGCUUUUUCAGUUCUGCCCACACAUUUUCUAUAGGAUUGAGGUCAGGGCUUUGUGAUGGCCACUCCAAUACCUUGACUUUGUUGUCCUUAAGCCAUUUUGCCACAACUUUGGAAGUAUGCUUGGGGUCCAAUUUGCGACCAAGCUUUAACUUCCUGACUGAUGUCAUGAGAUGUUGCUUCAAUACAUCCACAUAAUUUUCCUUCCUCAUGAUGCCAUCUAUUUUGUGAAGUGCACCAGGCCCUCCUGCAGCAAAGCACCCCCACAGCAUGAUGCUGCCACCCCCGUGCUUCACGGUUGGGAUGGAGUUCUUCGGCAAGAAAGCCACCCCGCUUUUCCUCCAAACAUAACGAUGGUCAUUAUGGCCAAACAGUUCUAUUUUUGUUUCAUCAGACCAGGGGACAUUUCUCCAAAAAGUACGAUCUUUGUUCCCAUGUGCAGUUGCAAACCGUAGUCUGGCUUUUUUAUGGUGGUUUCGGAACAGUGGCUUCUUCCUUCCUGAGCGGCCUUUCCGGUUAUGUCGAUAUAUGACUUGUUUUACUGUGGAUAUAGAUACUUUUGUACCUGUUUCCUCCAGCAUCUUCACAAGGUCCUUUGCUGUUGUUCUGGGAUUGAUUCGCACCAAAGUACGUUCAUCUCUAGGAGACUGUCACGAUCGUUAUACGGAGUAGACCAAGGCGCAGCGUGAUGAACGAACAUGUUUAUUUAUCUUUAGUGAUAAAUACUGACAAUAAACAAAACAACAAACGACUCGUGAAGUCCACGGUACAAAACACAAAACCAACUGGACAGAAGAACCCACCAUACAAGGACCAAGCAGCGUGUCCAGGAGCAGGCAGACUGGACAUGGGAGGAAGCGCCGGGAAAGGAGAUGGAGAGGUUGGCGAUGGCCCAGGUGGGCAAAUCGUGGUCCUGGGAGGACAUGCUCGGGGGCAAAGGGCCAUGGGCUAGGAUUAAGGCCCUGGCGAGAGAGGAGCAGCGGCGUCAGCAGUGUCAUCGUCGGACGGACGAGAGGCAACCCCAAAAAUUUUUUAGGGGGGGGCACACGGCAUGGGCGGCUGGGCAGCAGGAGGCUGCCACAGGGCGAUUUGGAGAGGAGGCCACCGGGUUUGGGGGGCCAGAAGGCAGGUUGGCGGAGCCUGGAUGGAGAGCGGAACCAACUUCCCGUACUCAGGCAUGGCAGCAUGGGACGGGGCAGGUUCCGCGGUAUGCGGAGCGGCGUACGGUGCCACGAGUGGUCCGGCAUAGUCCGGUACGUCCUGUGCGAGCACCCCGCACGUGUCGUGCGAAGGUGGGUUCUUCUGUCACGAUCGUUAUACGGAGUAGACCAAGGCGCAGCGUGAUGAACGAACAUGUUUAUUUAUCUUUAGUGAUAAAUACUGACAAUAAACAAAACAACAAACGACUCGUGAAGUCCACGGUACAAAACACAAAACCAACUGGACAGAAGAACCCACAAACACAAAGGGAAAAACAGACAGUUUAGAUAUGGCUCCCAAUCAGAGACAACCAGCCACAGCUGACACUCGUUGCCUCUGAUUGGGAGUCACUCAGGCCAACAUAGAAACAGAACAACUAGAACCCCCAACAUAGAAAUAUAACACAUAGAAUGAACACACCCUGGCUCAACAUAUAGAGUCCCAGAGCCAGGGUGUGACAGAGACAGAACGCGUCUCCUUCCUGAGCGGUAUGACGGCUGCGUGGUACCAUGGUGUUUAUACUUGCGUACUAUUGUUUGUACAGAUGAACGUGGUACCUUCAGGCGUUUGGAAAUUGCUCCCAAGGAUGAACCAGACUUGGCUGAUUUAUUUUGAUUUUCCCAUGAUGUCAAGCAAAGAGGCACUGCUUUUGAAGGUAGGCCUUGAAAUACAUCCACAGGUACACCUCCAAUUGACUCAAAUUAUGUCUAUUAGCCUAUCAGAAGCUUCUAAAGCCAUGACAUUAUUUUCUGGAAUUUUCCAAGCCGUUUAAAGCACAGUCAACUUAGUGUAUGUAAACUUCUGACCCACUGGAAUUGUGAUACAGUGAAUUAUAAGUGAAAUAAUCUGUCUGUAAACAAUUGUUGGAAAAAUGAUUUGUGUCAUGCACAAAGUAGAUGUCCUAACCGACUUGUCAAAACUAUAGUUUGUUAACAAGAAAUGUGUGGUUGAAAAACUAGUUUUAAUGACUCCAACCUAAGUGUAUGUAAACUUCCGACUUCAACUGUAUAUAAUAAAAUAAAAAAAGUAAAAUAAAAAUAUUUUAUCACAAAAAUAGUGCACUGGGCCUUUACUAGUCCUGUAUUAGCGGACAUAUAUAGACGUCUGUAUAAUUAAGAACAGUAUCUUGCAGGAAUCAAUAGUUGGAAUUGUAAGAGUUGUUGCCCUGUCCCUUUCUCUGUGAUCGUCAUUCUAAUGGAAUCCAGAAAGAACAAAACCCUGUCCUCAAACAUUUACAUCAAAAGGUUCAAAGUUAUGGGCAAAGACCCAAAAUAUCCACAUCAAAUAAAAUAUUUUUCUUGAUCAAAUAACAUAGAAAACCACCACUUUUUGUGCAGUAUUAUUUUACCGUCCUUACAAACCACUUAAUGUAAAUGUACAUUACUGUAUUGUACAGAGGCUGGUCAUCUAGGUUUCUACCUGUAGACUUUCUAUCACCAUGAAGAAAAACAAUGCACAACACAGUAAUUGAAUACAUUGAGAGAUUAAGUGGUUUGUGAUGAUGUGAUGUGAUGAUGUGGCUCAGUUGGUAGAGCAUGGCACUUGCAACGCUAGGGUUGUUGGGUUCAGUAUGAAAAUUUAUGAACUCACUACUUACUGUAAAUUGCUCUGGAUAAGAGUGUCUACAAAAAUGUAAAAGGAAUGAAUAGACCAUUUCAGUUUUCACAUAGAAAUAAGUUGCAUUUGCAAAGUAUUUCAAGAAACUGGAAAACAUACCAAGCAAGUCUUUUUAUAUUCCACAAGUAUUAUCAGAUUAACUGUUUUGUACAGAACAUUAUUACACUCAAGCUACAAAUGCUCGUAAACACUCAAAUAGAAAUCCCCCCCCCCCCCCUUCCCGCAUUUGUUUGUAUAAGGAAUUGGCACAUUGUUCUGAGAAAUAAGCUCAUUUUUAUCCACGUAGGCCACUUGAUUUCACCAUCUAAACAAAGUGAACAGACUAUGUUGUUCAAACAGUUGGAGACAGACAGGAGGGUGUAUUCAUAACAGUUCAACUGUUCUACCUUGUUAGCAAGCAAAUAGAUCCAAGUUGGCUAGACUUUAAAUAUAAACAUUUGCUGGCUACUCACUAGCAGUGGGCUUUUUUUGAGAAAUUGUUUGAAACCUGUGUUCAUUUUCUAUAAUGCCUGCUACCAGACGUUGGUCAUUAUUAGUGGAUGUGCAUGGUUCUGGUUACAUUUGUAACAAAAAAAUGGCAUUUACAUAGCAACACUUGAAAGCAGAUCAGGUGAUUAUUGAAAAAAAGCAGGUUAAACUAUUUUGAUAAAAUAAUACAAUUAUUAGUGGGUCUAAUGGUUGAAUGCUUAUAAUUAGCCUAGGUGUUAAUUUUACAAGCCCGAAAUUCAUGUCACGGUUUCGGCCGAGGCUGCUUUUCCUCCUUGUUCGGGCAGGCUUCGGCGGUCGUCGUCUCUGGAGUACUAGCUGCCACCGUUCUAUGUUUCGAUGUUCCUUUGGUUUGGUCUGUUUGUACACCUGUUCUUUGUUAGUGUUGAUUAUGUGCCCUAUAAGUUCUCUUAGGUUUUGUCAUGUGUUGUGUGUAAUUGUUUCGUGUCAGCUAGGCGUCAGUUUGUUCUCUCUCGUUCUGUUUUGUUUUGAGAGAGUGUCCGCACUGUGUGCGCAGUUUGGGUUACGCACUGUUUUCUGUGUGCGUAAUUUUUCGCUUGCCCUCCGGCUGGGAUUUUGCCGUGAGUCUUUUGUAUUGUUUGAUCCUCACUAAAGACUGUUGAAGAGCCUCUGUUGUCCUGCUCUUGAUUUCUGCACCACAUCUACGCUCAGCCCUUGACAGAAUUACACACCAUCAUGGAAUCAGCAGGAGCCGCCUCAUCUGUCGAGGCAAUCGAGGAGCGCCUUCGCGGACAGGAUAAAAAAAUCAGCUGGAUUGGGAACUCUCUCGAGGGGGUGGUGGAGACCCUCCGUAGAUGGGAGACCAGCGGGGCUCUCACGCAUCCACCCAUCGCACCAUCGCCAUCAGCCAGUCCGCCUGUUCAACUUCCGGAACCCAGUGGGAUUCGGCUCUCGCUCCCGAGGGCGUAUGAUGGCACCGCUGCCGGGUGUCAGGGUUUCCUUCUACAAGUCGAACUUUACCUAGCCACUGUACACCCGGUGCCCUCGGGAUACGAGAGCGUUUCCGCCCUCAUCUCCUGUCUCACCGGCAAGGCGUUGGAAUGGGCCAACGCCGAAUGGAGGAGGAUAGACGCCGCUACUAUCACAUAUGCGGAAUUCCCCCGCCACUUCCGGACUGUGUUCGACCAUCCACCAGAGGGGAAAGCGGCGGGGGAGCGUCUGUUCUACCUCCGGCAGGGGAUGAGGAGUGCCCAAGAUUUUGCACUGGAGUUCCGGACUCUAGCAGCUGAUGCAGGGUGGAAUGAGCGGGCCCUCAUAGACCACUUUCGCUGCAGCCUCAGGGAGGACGUCCGUAGAGAGUUGGCCUGCAGGGACACCACUCUCACCUUUGACACCCUGCUGGCCACCCGCGGACGCCCUGGGGGGGGGGGGUCGCCCAUUCCACCCUCCAGCACCUCCGAGUCGAGUCCCAUGGAGCUCGGGGGGGCUGGCGCUAGAGAACGGAGGAGAGGGAGUUCGAGGGGGGCUUUCCCCUGCACCAACUGUGGCCGUGGAGGACACACUGCGGCCAGGUGCUGGGGAGGGUCUCCUGAGGGACGAGACGGCAGGCCACGCGCUGGGGAGUCCUUCCUGGUGAGUAGGCGCCCCACUUACCCAGAGCUCUCUGUCGUGCACAUAACCAUACCUGUUUGUUUUUUACAGGUUGCACCUCGUUCCCAGCAUAAGGCGCUAGUAGAUUCAGGCGCGGCUGGGAAUUUUGUAGAUCGUAAGUUUUGUAAAGAGUUAGGGAUUCCUCUCCUUCCUGUUAAAGAUCCCUUCCCUGUACAUGCCCUAGAUAGCCGUCCGUUGGGAUCGGGGUUGAUUAGGGAGGUCACAGCGCCACUUACGAUGGAGACGCAGGGGGGUCAUGAGGAGACGAUUCAGCUAUAUCUGAUUGACUCUCCUGCGUAUCCGGUGGUGCUGGGGCUUCCCUGGUUGAUUACUCAUGAUCCCACUAUUUCGUGGCGAGAGAGGGCUCUUAAGGGGUGGUCUGCCCAGUGUGUGGGACGAUGUCUGGGUGUUUCCGUGGGGGCGACCUCGGUGGAGAGUCCAAACCAAGUGCCCGCAUUGCACAUUCCCCCCGAGUAUGAGGAUCUGGCAGUCGUGUUUAGCAAGGCAAGGGCGGCGCGAUUGCCACCUCAUAGACAGGGGGAUUGUGCGAUAGAUCUCCAGGCAGGAGCUGCGCUCCCGCGGAGCCAUGUGUAUCCGUUGUCGCAGGAGGAGAAGAGAGCUAUGGAGACAUACAUACAGUGGGGAAAAAAAGUAUUUAGUCAGCCACCAAUUUUGCAAGUUCUCCCACUUAAAAAGAUGAGAGAGGCCUGUAAUUUUCAUCGUAGGUACACGUCAACUAUGACAGACAAAAUGAGAAAAGAAAAUCCAGAAAAUCACAUUGUAGGAUUUUUAAUGAAUUUAUUUGCAAAUUAUGGUGGAAAAUAAGUAUUUGGUCAAUAACAACAGUUUCUCAAUACUUUGUUAUAUACCCUUUGUUGGCAAUGACACAGGUGAAACGUUUUCUGUAAGUCUUCACAAGGUUUUCACACACUGUUGCUGGUAUUUUGGCCCAUUCCUCCAUGCAGAUCUCCUCUAGAGCAGUGAUGUUUUGGGGCUGUCGCUGGGCAACACGGACUUUCAAUUCCCUCCAAAGAUUUUCUAUGGGGUUGAGAUCUGGGGACUGGCUAGGCCACUCCAGGACCUUUAAAUGCUUCUUACGAAGCCACUCCUUCGUUGCCCGGGCGGUGUGUUUGGGAUCAUUGUCAUGCUGAAAGACCCAGCCACGUUUCAUCUUCAAUGCCCUUGCUGAUGGAAGGAGGUUUUCACUCAAAAUCUCAUGAUACAUGGCCCCAUUCAUUCUUUCCUUUAUACGGAUCCGUCGUCCUGGUCCCUUUGCAGAAAAACAGCCCCAAAGCAUGAUGUUUCCACCCCGAUGCUUCACAGUAGGUAUGGUGUUCUUUGGAUGCAACUCAGCAUUCUUUGUCCUCCAAACACGACGAGUUGAGUUUUUACCAAAAAGUUCUAUUUUGGUUUCAUCUGACCAUAUGACAUUCUCCCAAUCCUCUUCUGGAUCAUCCAAAUGCACUCUAGCAAACUUCAGACGGGCCUGGACAUGUACUGGCUUAAGCAAGGGGACACGUCUAGCACUGCAGGAUUUGAGUCCCUGGCGGCGUAGUGUGUUACUGAUGGUAGGCUUUGUUACUUUGGUCCCAGCUCUCUGCAGGUCAUUCACUAGGUCCCCCUGUGUGGUUCUGGGAUUUUUGCUCACCAUUCUUGUGAUAAUUUUGACCCCACGGGGUGAGAUCUUGCGUGGAGCCCCAGAUCGAGGGAGAUUAUCAGUGGUCUUGUAUGUCUUCCAUUUCCUAAUAAUUGCUCCCACAGUUGAUUUCUUCAAACCAAGCUGCUUACCUAUUGCAGAUUCAGUCUUCCCAGCCUGGUGCAGGUCUACAAUUUUGUUUCUGGUGUUCUUUGACAGCUCUUUGGUCUUGGCCAUAGUGGAGUUUGGAGUGUGACUGUUUGAGGUUGUGGACAGGUGUCUUUUAUACUGAUAACAAGUUCAAACAGGUGCCAUUAAUACAGGUAACAAGUGGAGGACAGAGGAGCCUCUUAAAGAAGAAGUUACAGGUCUGUGAGAGCCAGAAAUCUUGCUUGUUUGUAGGUGACCAAAUACUUAUUUUCCACCAUAAUUUGCAAAUAAAUUCAUUAAAAAUCCUACAAUGUGAUUUUCUGAAUUUUUUUCUCUCAAUUUGUCUGUCAUAGUUGACGUGUACCUAUGAUGAAAAUUACAGGCCUCUCUCAUCUUUUUAAGUGGGAGAACUUGCACAAUUGGUGGCUGACUAAAUACUUUUUUUCCCCACUGUAGCUGAGUCUCUGAGACAGGGAUACAUACGGCCCUCCACUUCCCCUGCGUCCUCGAGCUUCUUUUUUGUGAAGAAGAAAGAUGGAGGUUUGCGCCCGUGUAUUGAUUACCGUGGUCUCAAUCAGAUUACUGUAAAAUACAGCUAUCCACUCCCUCUGAUUGCGACUAUGACGGAGUCAUUACACGGGGCAAGGUUCUUCACAAAAUUGGACCUCAGGAGCGCCUACAACUUGGUGCGCAUUAGGGAGGGCGAUGAAUGGAAGACAGCAUUUAGUACCACCUCGGGUCAUUACGAGUAUCUCGUCAUGCCAUACGGUUUAAUUAAUGCUCCGUCAGUCUUCCAAUCCUUUGUGGAUGAGAUUUUCCGGGACAUGCAGGGACAGGGGGUGGUCGUGUAUAUAGUGUAUAUUCUGGUGUACAGUUCUACCCGAGCCGAGCAUGUAGCCCUGGUGCGCCGAGUAUUGAGGAGACUGUUGGAGCACGACCUGUAUGUCAAGGCAGAGAAAUGUCUGUUUUUCCAGGAGUCGGUCUCCUUUUUGGGUUAUCAGUUGUCUGCGUCAGGGGUGAAGAUGGAGGUUGACCGUGUGUCAGCCGUGCGUAAUUGGCAAACCCCAACCACAGUUAAAGAGGUGCAGCAGUUCUUGGGCUUUGCGAAUUACUACCGGAGGUUUAUCCGGGGUUUUGGACAGGUGGCAGCUCCCAUCACGUCCCUUCUGAAGGGGGGUCCGAUGCGCUUACGGUGGUCAGUUGAAGCGGACAGGGCUUUUGGGAGACUGAAGGACCUGUUUACUUCGGCGCCGGUGCUGGCGCACCCGGAUCCCGCUUCACCAUUCCAAGUGGAGGUGGACGCGUCAGAAGCCGGUAUCGGAGCCGUUCUCUCGCAACGGUCGGCACGCCACCUAAACUCUGCCCCUGUGCCUUUUACUCGAAAAAGCUCAGUCCGGCGGAGCGAAAUUAUGACGUAGGGGACAGGGAGCUGUUAGCCGUGGUACAGGCCCUAAAGGUGUGGAGGCAUUGGCUUGAGGGGGCUCAACACCCUUUUCUCAUUUUGACUGACCACCGUAAUCUGGAAUACAUUCGGGCAGCUAGGAGACUAAAUCCUCGCCAGGCGCGGUGGACUAUGUUUCUAGCCAGGUUCGUGUUUAAGAUCACUUACAUUCCUGGGUCCCAGAACGGAAAGGCAGACGCCCUGUCUCGGCGGUAUGACACAGAGGAGAGGUCCGUUGAGCCCACUCCCAUACUACCGAAGUCUUGUUUGGUGGCACCGGUGGUGUGGGAGGUCGAUGCUGAAAUCGAGCGGGCGUUACGUACCGACCCUAGUCCUCCCCAGUGUCCGGUGGGUCAGACGUACGUUCCGCUCGAGGUUCGGGAUCGACUCAUUUAUUGGGCUCACACGUCACCCUCCUCUGGCCAUCCAGGUAUUGGUCGGACAGUGCACUGCCUUAGCACGAAGUACUGGUGGCCAACGUUAGCCAGGGAUGUGAGGGUUUAUGUUUCCUCCUGCUCGGUGUGUGCCCAGUGUAAGGCGCCCAGACAUUUGCCCAGGGGUAAGUUACAACCCCUGCCCGUUCCACAACGACCCUGGUCGCACCUCUUGGUGGAUUUUGUUACAGACCUUCCCCCCUCACAGGGGAAUACCACCAUUCUGGUCGUUGUGGACCGGUUCUCGAAGGCCUGUCGUCUACUUCCCAUGCCGGGUCUCCCUACUGCCCUACAGACCGCUGAGGCACUAUUCACCCACGUCUUCCGGCAUUACGGGGUACCCGAGGAUAUAGUGUCUGAUCGAGGGCUCCAAUUUACCUCCAGAGUCUGGAGAGCUUUCAUGGAACGCUUGGGGGUUUCGGUUAGCCUUACCUCGGGGUACCACCCGGAGAGCAAUGGGCAGGUCGAACGUGUGAACCAGGAUGUGGGUAGGUUUCUGAGGUCAUAUUGCCAGGGCCGGCCGGAGGAGUGGGCGAGGUAUGUUCCCUGGGCCGAGAUGGCACAGAACUCUCUCCGCCACUCCUCCACCAAACUAACUCCGUUCCAGUGUGUUUUAGGAUACCAGCCGGCUCUGGCACCUUGGCAUCAGAGCCAGAUCGAGGCCCCUGCGGUGGAUGAGUGGGUGCGGCGCUCUCGACCAGAAACCUGCCCCUCCGCCUGCCCUGCCGGAAGCUGGGUCGGUGGUUUGUGGGGCCUUUUAAAGUCCUGAGGAGGUUGAACGAGGUGUGUUACAGGUUACAAUUGCCUAUUGAUUACAAGAAUAUUAACCCCUCGUUCCAUGUGUCUCUCCUCAGGCCAGUGGUAGCUGGUCCACUCCAGGACUUUGAGAUAGAGGAGACUCCUCCGCCCCCGCCGGACAUCGAGGGGGCUCUGGCGUACAAUGUUCGGUCCAUCCUGGAUUCGAGACGCCGGAUUGGGGGGCUCCAAUAUCUCGUGGAGUGGGAGGGGUACGGCCAGGAGGAGCGGUGCUGGGUUCCGAGGAGGAACAUCUUAGACCCGUCUCUUCUGACCGAGUUCCAUCGUGGUCAUCCUACGCGCCCUGCUCCGCGUCCGCCUGGUCGUCCUCGAGGCCGGGGUCGGCGCACGGCUGGAGCCGCACGUCUAGGGGGGGGGGUACUGUCACGGUUUCGGCCGAGGCUGCUUCUCCUCCUUGUUCGGGCAGGCUUCGGCGGUCGUCGUCUCCGGAGUACUAGCUGCCACCGUUCUAUGUUUCGAUGUUCGUUUGGUUUGGUCUGUUUGUACACCUGUUCUUUGUUAGUGUUGAUUAUGUGCCCUAUAAGUUCUCUUAGGUUUUGUCAUGUGUUGUGUGUAAUUGUUUCGUGUCAGCUAGGCGUCAGUUUGUUCUCUCUCGUUCUGUUUUGUUUUGAGAGAGUGUCCGCACUGUGUGCGCAGUUUGGGUUACGCACUGUUUUCUGUGUGCGUAAUUUUUCGCUUGCCCUCCGGCUGGGAUUUUGCCGUGAGUCUUUUGUAUUGUUUGAUCCUCACUAAAGACUGUUGAAGAGCCUCUGUUGUCCUGCUCUUGAUUUCUGCACCACAUCUACGCUCAGCCCUUGACAAUUCAUUAGAUUAUUCCCGACUGGUUGAAAUGCAGUGUAUUAACCGUUUAAUUGUGCAACAAAGCUUAUUUAGAAGAAAUAUAUAUAUAUAUAUAUAUAUAUAUAUAUAUAUAUUCAGACCCCUUGACUUUUUCCACAUUUGGUUACUCUACAGCCUUAAUCUAAAAUUGAUAAAAUAUUACCUACACACAAUACCCCAUAAUGACAAAGCGAAAACAUGUUUUUAGAAAUUUUAGCAAAUGUAUUAAAAAUAAAAACAGAAAUACCUUAUUUACAUAAGUAUUCAGACCCUUUGUGAUGAGACUCGAAAUUGAACUCCAGUGCAUCCCGUUUCCAUUGAUCAUCCUUGAGAUGUUUCUACAACUUGAUUGGAGUCCACCUGUGGUAAAUCUAAUUGAUUGGACAUGAUUGGGAAAGGCACACACCUGUCUAUUUAAGGUCCCACAGUUGACAGUGCAUGUCAGAGCAAAAACCAAGCCAUGAGGUCGAAGGGAUUGUCCGUAGAGCUCCGAGACAGGAUUGUGUCGAGGCACAGAUCUGGGGAAGGGUACCAAAACAUUUCUGCAGCAUUGAAGGUCCCGAAGAACACAGUGGCCUCCAUCAUUCUUAAAUGAAAGAAGUUUGGAACCACCAAGACUCUUCCUAGAGUUGGCCGCCCGGCUAAAGUGAGCAAUCGGGGGAGAAGAGCCUUAGCCAGGGAGGUGACGAAGAACCCAAUGGUCACUCUGACAAAUCUCUAGAGUUCCUCUGUGGAUACGGGAGAAUCUUCCAGAAGGACAACCAUCUCUGCAGCCCUCCACCAAUCAGGUCUUUAUGGUAGUGGCCAGACGGAAGCCACUCCUCAGUAAAAUGCAUAUGACAGCCCGCUUGGAGUUUGCCAAAAGGCACCUAAAGACUCUCAGACAAUGAGAAACAAGAUUUCCUGGUCUGAUGAAACCAAGAUUGAACUAUUUGGCCUGAAUGCCCAGCCAGAGCCCGGACUUGAACCCGAUCGAACAUCUCUGGAGAGACCUGAAAAUAGCUGUGCAGCAACGCUCCCCAUCCAACCUGACAGAGCUUGAGAGGAUCUGCAGAGAAUCUGGAGAGAGCUUGAGAGGAUCUGGAGCGUGCAAUUGUAUUUCUGUUCAGUGUAUAAAUAACAAAUAAUAUGUGAAAUAUCCCCCUCCUUUUUAGAUACAUCCUUCCUUUCCUCUCUUUGUACCCCUGCAUGUUUUACUUGUCAAAUGUUUGCAUUUGCAUUUCAAAAAGCAGCCAAAGGCUUUGUCUGCCAAACUUUAUUCCAAGCUACAUUUAUUUUCCAUCCCCCCCAGGUGACGAUCAUCAUCUACCUGUCAGUGGUGGGCUCUCUGCUACUCUACAUGUUGUUCCUGCUGCUGGUUGAACCUCUCAUCCGUAAACAUGACCCCUACAUCCAACCCCUUCACAACGAGGAGGACUCUGAGGUAUAUGAACAGAUAUACACCACACAGAGGAAACAAACUGGGGUUAGUAGGUGAAGAUAUGGUCUCUGCUUCUUAACAUCUGCAACACAAUGUUACGUCUGUCGGGAGGAUGUGGGAUGUGAGGGUUAUGAGGAACAAUUCUACAGGUUUGCUGGUUUUUGCGUCACUAAUGAAUAGGUGUGUGUACACACACACACUCUCUCUCUCUCUCUCUUUCUCUCUCUCUCUCUCUUUCUGUCUCUGUCUCUGUCUCUGUCUCUGUCUCUGUCUCUGUCUCUGUCUGUCUCUCUCUCUCUCUCUCUCUCUCUCUCUCUCUCUCUCCCCCCCCCCCCCCCCCUUACAGGACAUGCGGCCGCAGCCUGAUUGUGCUGCUGCUGCCCAGGGAGGCAGAGGUAACACGGUACUGGAACGGGUAGAGGGGGCCCAGCAUCAUUGGAAAAAAACAGGUCCAGGAACAGCGCAAGAAUGUCUUUGACCGACACAAGAUGCUUAGUUAAACCCCGAUGUCUGACUUCAGAUCAGAGGCUAGAGUCACCUCCCAAGCUUUGUCCACAUCUGCUGCUGUUGUACUGUCAUUAGCUACAUUGUUGUUGUUCAGGAUUUCAGUUCCUUUGCCAUUUCAGUACGUUCCCAGCACAUUUAGGAUUGUUUAUGAGCGUUACGGUAAUUCUGUUUGGAACGGUCGCUGGUCCAAUGUCCUUUGUUACCAAAAUGGUGGUUGCUGUCAUGAGAAUAUAGAUGUGUAUCAAAAUGAGGAGUAUAGCCAAACAGCAUAGUGUAAGUUGUGGUUGCAUCUUCAUCUCUGCAUCAUCUGCAUGGAAAGAUCAAACGGAAAAUGGAUCUGGAUAUAUUGCAAACACAGUAUCAAAAAUAAGCUGAUUAAGAAUAUUUUUAACAAGCUUAAGCACCUUUUUUAAAAUCAUUUUUAAUCCUCAUUGUAACAUUGUUGUAUUGUGAAGCUACCUCAGCGCACCAGAUACUUUAGGUAGGCUGAACGCUUGUGAAUGAUAGGCUCACUAAAUAGGCUGCCGGUAUGUAAUUGGUUACCUUAAUUAUUAGCUGGUGCCAAGCAAUGUUCAUUCCUUAGUUUAAGCACUGUUUAUCAGAACCACAGCUCACUGCUUGUGGUUCAUUUUGCACUUCGUGAUGAUAUCCUUUGCACUUAAAGACACAAGAAAGGAAAAGGUAUUCCUUUAUUUAGCCAUGUAAUGAUGAUUGAUAGUUUGGCUGGCUUUGAAAUAUUUGUUGUUUGAGAGGCUGUCUCUACCUGGAGUGGACACAGACAAGUGACACCUCUGAGGAUGCUAAAUGUGAAUGGCUUAGCUUUUAACGCUCAUUGUAAUGUAUUAAUUAACUGUAGAAUCACUGGUUAAUGUUUUCUGGAAUCACUGGAAUGCCAAAGGGCUUUAUAUGAUUCCAGAGUGGAAUGUUGCAGUCAGUGGAUUGUCUCACAUUCCAUUAACUAGCACUAACUGAGGCUAUGUGCAAUGUGUGUGCAGGGGGGUUAUUUCCAGUCACAGGUCAAGUUAUGCUAGCCUGCUUUACCUCAAACACACACACAUUGAGAAUUGAUUAAAAUGUCUGUUUAAUUAUUUAAUUAUUAUUUAAUUUAUGUUUUAGCUGAUGUAUUUUAAAGCAGAUGUACUCUUAAUUGACAUUGUUUUGAUAUGAUAGGCCUGUAUGUUGAUGUUAAAGACAUCAACUGAUAUGUGUGUUUUGAUAUAGGCUAGGAUUUUAUUACAUUGUUUAUCAUUUCAUUUAGACUCUGUUAUCAGAUCUUGCAAUGUUGAAAGAAUGUCUGUGUAAUUGUCUACAUCAUGCUUGGAAAACAGUAAAAAUGUCCCUUGGUUGAGCUUAUAUUAUCCUGUUAUUUGGUGAAAUCUGUGUAACAUAGUUUGACUGAAGCUGCUUAUGUAUUUAUAGAUGACGUUAGACCCCUUGUUGUCACUUGAGUUACCUGCCGCCAUAGCCCUCAUCUUCAGUUGUGCCUGUACUACUCAUGACCACUAGAUGGCCACACAGCACAUAAUCAUUUGGAAAUGUAUAUAGGCCUAUGUUAGGUACAUUAUUAACUGGGCCUGGGGCCCAUGAUUUAUAACACCGCACCAUUCACAUUUUGUCAAUACAACACUUAGCUUUAGUCCAUGACCAUAAUGUAUUUUUUAUCUUUGACUUAGAGAGCUAUUUUCUUUGUACUUUUUAACUAAGAUUGAGGUGGCGAGAGUAUUGAGGGUGACUAACAGGGUAGGGGUGGAUGGGGGGUAUUGGGGGUGGAUGGAGGGUAUUGGGGGUGGCUAAAGGUACGGAAGGGUGGGGUUGAGAGGCAGAGAUGGGGGUAGAGGGUGGGGUGGAGGGUUGAGAGGCUGGGGGGAGGUAGGGGGUAGAAGGGGGAAGAAGGUCAGGGGAGUCCUCCUGAGGCAGAGGAGAGAGGGAGGGAAAGAGCUGUGGAUGUUCUUUCUUGCCUUCAGUGGCCAGAGCAUUGCUGCACUGUGACACAGUGCAGAUGAAGGAGAGUGUUUCUACCAUAGAGUGCCAACCCAAACUAGUCUACAGUAUAAACAUUCUUCAUCUGAACAGCACAGCGAGUGGGCAGCCUGGAACACAGAGGUUGCUUCCCAAAUGGCACCCCCUCCCUACUGCCUGUGGUCAAAAGCAGUGGUGGAAAAAGUACCCAAUUGUCAUACUUGAGUAAAAGUAAAGAUACCUUAAUAGAAAAUGACUCAAGUGCAGGUCACCCAGUAAAAUACUACUUGAGUAAAAAUCUAAAAGUGUUUGGUUUUAAAUAUAUUUAAGUAUCAAAAGUAAAUGUAAUUGCAAAAAUAUACUUAAGUAUCAAAAGUAAAAGUAUAAAAUCCUUAUAUUAAGCAAACCAGACGGCACCAUUUUCUUGUUUUUUUAUUGAUUUACGGAUAGCCAGGGGCACACUCCAACAUUCACACGAUUUACAAACAAAGUAUGUGUUUAGUGAGUCCGCCAGAUCAGAGGCAGUGGGGAUGACCAGGGAUGUUCUCUUGAUAAGUGUGUGAAUUAGACAAUUUUCCUGUCCUGCUAAGCAUUCAAAAUGUAACGAGUACUUUUGGGUGUCAGGGAAAUUCUAUGGAGUGAAAAGUACAUUAUUUUCUUUAGGAAUGUAGUGAAGUAAAAGUAAAAGUUGUCAAAAGUAAAGUAAAGUAAAGUACAGAUAACCCAAAAAACGUGUGUAUUAAGUGUGUUUAAAAGGUUUGAUAAUAUUCUGGGUCGGUAGUGCAGCUGUCCUGUGUCAUCACACUGGGUGACUGGGACACACUGCUGCUGAGCUGCCAGGGGAUUUCUUACAUAGCUCCCUCUAGAGGUGGGAAUGAGAAGGGUGGGGAAGACUACACACAUCAGGGCCCUCAUAGCAGAUUCAUGGUCUGUUUAAAGGGAUGGGGUGACAGGGAAAUUCUUGGUCUGUUUAAAGGGAUGUGGUGACAGGCAGAUUCAUGGUCAGUUUAAAGGGAUGGGGUGACAGGCAGAUUCAUGGUCUGUUUAAAGGGAUGGGGUGACAGGCAGAUUCAUGGUCUGUUUAAAGGGAUGGGGUGACAGGCAAAUUCUUGGUCUGUUUAAAGGGGUGGGGCUACAGGCAGAUUCAUGGUCUGUUUAAAGGAAUGAGGUGACAGGCAGAGGGUAUGGCUGUCCACUCGGGAUCUGCCCCUCCGGGUGGAGUCCCGCAAACUUUCCCCCCGUUUUAUCGGCCCUUUCCCCAUCUCUAAGAUUCUCAGUACCCGCUGCUGUUCGUCUUCUGUUGCCCCGCACCCUCCGUAUACAUCCCACUUUUCAUGUAUCAAGGAUUAAACCUCUGUCUCACAGCCCUCUGUCUCCACUUUCCUGCCGUCCUGUACCUAUCUGACUCUGACCUGGUUUACGAAAUUCUGCCUGCCCUGACCCUGAGCCUGCCUGCCGUUCUGUACCUUAUUGACUCUGCCCUGGAUUACUGACCUCUGCCUGCCCUUGACCUGUCGUUUGCCUGCACCCUGUUUUGUAAUAAACAUCUCUGAUUCGAACUGUCUGCAUCUAGGUCUUAUCCUGAGUCCUGAUACUAAUUAUUUAUGAUGUGUGUACUUUUGUCCAUGCUCAGUAACUGCCUCCAUGUAGUGGAGCCCAUGCCAGUGCAGGGCCAUGAUGUGGAGGCCUACUGUCUGCUGUGUGAGUGCAAGUAUGAGGAACGCAGCAGCAACACCAUCAAUGUAUUACUGACCCUUUACAAUGACACACAGAGUUGAUUUCAACUGAUAUUACCUGGUAAAAAUGGACAGGUUUUAAUGCUAAAAAGACUAUGGUAUAAGGAAGGAGUAUGAUAUUCAAGAAGUUACAUCCAUUACUAAAGGAACAGAUUGACUGGCUAUCCAUACAGCAGACACUCCCCUCCAUAUUUAUUUGGAUUUAAAUGUGGCUCUAUACCCCAACAUUUUGGAUUUGAGAUUUUUUUUACAUUAUAUGAGGCGACAGUACAGAAUGUCACCUUUAAUUUAAGGAUAUGUUCAUACAUAUCUGUUUUAGUGUUGCACAGUAUACCAGUACCACGGUAAUAUCACGGUACCAAAACGUCAUGAUACUUAUGAUACCAACAUUUUAGAAUACCGUAGUACCGUUUCAUAAGAUACUACCACAUCUUUCAGCCCUAUUGAUUUAGUCAGCCUCUGAGUGCCAGAGAGGAAAAAUGGAGCACAGCUUCGCGACAGGCAUGCUUACAGCUUUACAACAAUGAAAAUGUCUCUAGCCCAUUCAAAACAUAUGGCCCAUAUUACGGAGCUACCUUUUUUCAAUCUGUCGCGGAUUUUCUCACAUUUUAUAUAAUUUCGCAAACCAUGUCGCGGGCUGUUUUAAACUAAUCCCGGGCCACUAAUUAUUGGUUUGAUAAUAAACAACCUUGUUCAGUCAUGUGUUUCAGAUUAUAUUUUUCUAAAUAGGAACUGAAUGGUGGAGAAUGUAUUGUGUCAUUUUGGAGUCACUUUUAUUGUAAAUAAGAAUAGAAUAUGUUUCUAAACACUUCUACAUUAAUGUGGAUGCUACCAUGAUAACGGAUAAUCAUGAAUGAAUCGUGAAAAAUUAUGAUCAUACCCACAAAAUCAUGAAUAAAGACCAUAUGUUACCGCUAAAGAAAUGCUAACCUCUCACUAUUACCAAUAAUACUUUAUGGGGGGUAUGAUAUUUGUGCCUCUAACUUUCUCAUUAAUCUUUAUUCACAAUUCAUUCAUGAUUAUUCCUAACCAUGGUAGCAUCCACAUUGAUGUAGAAGUGUUCAGAAACAUAUUCUAUUCUUAUUUACAAUCAAAAUGACUCCAAAAUGACAGAAUACAUUUUUCACCAUUAAGUUCCUAUUGGGCAAAACAUAAUCCGAAACACAAACAAAACAAACAGCAUAUGCAUCCAAGAAGUUUGUAGUGUCACAAGCUUGAUGUAGUCAUCGCGUGCUAGGAAUAUGGGACCAAAUACUAAACUUUUGACUACUUUAAUACACUAUAAGAGAAUUGUGCUUUCAUUUCUAAGCAGUAAAACAGAUACAGAUGUAGGAUCUUAAUUUGACCAGUAUUGUCUUUGCAAAAUAAUCCUGCAGCAACAGGAUUUGAACCUUUUGUCCAUAAUGUGCUUGAUCAGUGGUUAAACUAUUAGCUAGACAAAAGUAGACUUUAUGAAAGUGCAGUACUGUUAAUAUAACCUUGGUUUAGUGUGGGUUUUCAGUGAAUUUAUGCGGUGUAGGAAAAUUGUCAGCAACAAAAGUGAUCAAAUUAAGAUCAUACAGUGCCUUGCAAAAGUAUUCAUCCCCCUUGGCAUUUUUCCCUAUUUUGUUGCAUUACAACCUGUAAUUUAAAUGGAUUUUUAUUUGAAUUUCAUGUAAUGGACAUACACAAAAUAGUCCAAAUUGGUGGACCUGCCAAGAGAGGGCCGCCCACCAAAACUCACGGACCAGGCAAGGAGGUUUUGACUUUGGGGGGGUGAAUAGUUAUGCACGCUCAAGUUUUCUGUUUUUUAGUCUUAUUUCUUGUUUGUUUCACCCCAAAAAAUAUUUUGCAUCUUCAAAGUGGUAGGCAUGUUGUGUAAAUCAAAUGAUACAAACCCCCCAAAAAUCCAUUUUAAUUCCAGGUUAUAUCUGUAUACCCUCAAAUAAAAGGUGGCAUUCUGUAUUGUUACCUAUUAUGAAACAUUUGAUAUCAAAUCCAAAAUGCUGCAGUAUAGAGACAAAUUUUAACAUUUUAGCUUCACUGUCCAAAUAAAUGAGAGAACCAGACUGAGACCAUUGUGCAGAAAUGCAAGUUUUUAUUUAGGCCUUAAUGUUCAUCAGUAAAAUUCAUUAGAAUUUCAUUAAGGUAUGUGAUGGCCGAAUGUUUUACAUUAUGGCUGGCUUACUGGUAACUGUAAGUGUAGUAGAAGGUUCCACUACUCAGUUUGCAGGUUAUGCUGUGACUGCCAGACUUGAGCUCAGUGGUGCAGGUUCCCAGGUGGUCAUCGAAGUUUAGGUCCUUGUCCCAGAUCUCAAACUUCAAGGAAGCACUGGAUGGCACAUUCAGAAAGCUGAAUACGGCACUCCAGGAUGGAUUAUGAGUAUCCUUGUGCCAGUCUGUCAUGCCACCGGAUUCGCCACCACACCAAACCUUGACAUAGGGGUCAGGGUAAUUACCAGCAAUGUCCCCUUUAAGGCCGCUGGCAUGAAGGCCGGACACUCUGACGUUUGCACCAUGGACGCCAGCCAGCAUACAGAGAAACAGCAGUCCCAGAGAGAGGGAGGCCAUGGCUUUCAAAAGGGGAAAGCAAACUAAGAGAGGGAAAAAAUAGAGAAGAGGAGAUACAACACUAACAGUCUUCAGAGAAGAGGAGAUACAACACUAACAGUCUUCAGAGAAGAGGAGAUGCAACACUAACAGUCUUCAGAGAAGAUCUCUAUUUGCACAUAAUCUCUUGCACAUCUAGCAUUCCAGUGUUAAUACUAUUGUAAUUAUUUUGCACUAUAGCCUAUUUAUUGCCUUACCUCCAUAACUUGCUACAUUUGCACACACUGUAUAUAUAUUUUCUGUUGUAUUUUUGACUUUAUGUUUUUUACCCCAUAUGUAACUUUGUGUUGUUUUUAUUGCACUGCUUUGCUUUAUCUUGGCCAGGUCGCAGUUGUAAAUGAGAACCUGUUCUCAACUGGCUUACCUGGUUAAAUAAAGGUGGAGGAAAAAAUAAAUAAAAAAGAUGAGAUACAACACUAACAGUCUUCAGAGAAGAGGAGAUACAACACUAACAGUCUUCAGAAGAAGAAAAAUACAAAUUAAGUCAGAAAAAGAGAUGAAGGACAGGCAUUAUGUCAAUUUUCAAGUUAAUCAUUUUGUUAGUGGUACAAUAUGCAAAAUGCUAUAAAGUACACUUGUUACAGGACUCAUAAAAACUAUAAGAAGAUGAGAAUGGAGUAGAUCUUACCUGUGCUAUGUAGAGUCUGGAGACAAGUGUCUGUAUCUCAGGGGAACCAACCACUGAUGUUUUUUCCUACGCCCAAUCGCUGUUUAUAAAUACUUAAUCGGGUAACCCACAGAUGGUCUGUUCUCAGUGAUGCCUCAACCAAUGAGAGCACAUGGAGGCAGCAGCACCUACAGUACAAGUGUUAAAUGUUAACCUUUAAUGCUGAUUAAACGACGGCCAGGCUUUUGACCAAUAAGGCAAUUCCAAGUGGCAAAUUUAGACAAACAGAACUUGGCAUCAUCUCAGGGUUGUUGGCAUCAUCUCAGUUACCACCUGCCCUUGAGCCACUUAACCCCCAACCUGCUCCAAGCGCUGCUCUGUGCCAUGUGCAGCACUGGGUCAGCCACAGAGCAUCACCUCUGGAGCAGGUUAAGGGUUAAGUGGUCUGCUCAAGGCCCCUCUGAGUAGGUGGCACCUGUUUUCGACAAAUAUCAUAAUUAUGUAAUGUAUACAUACAUUUCUAUUGUGUUGUCUAUUCUACACUGAACAUAAAUAUCAACACAACAUGUAAAGUGUGGGUCCCAUGUUUCAUGGGCUGAAAUAGAAGAUCCCAGAAAUGUUCCAUACGCACAAAAAGCUUAUUUAUCUCAAAUUUUGGGCACAACUUUGUUACGUCCCUGUUAGUGAGCAUUUCUCCUUUGCCAAGAUAAUCCAUCCACCUGACAGGUGUGACAUAUCAAGAAGCUGAUUAAACAGCAUGAUCAUUACACAGGUGCCCCUUGUGCUGGGGACAGUAAAAGGCCACUCUUAAGUUUUGUCACACAACACAAUGCCACAGAUGUCUCAAGUUUUGAGGGAGCGUGCAAUUGUAUUUCUGUUCAGUGUAUAAAUAACAAAUAAUAUGUGAAAUAUCCCCCUCCUUUUUAGAUACAUCCUUCCUUUCCUCUCUUUGUACCCCUGCAUGUUUUACUUGUCAAAUGUUUGCCUUUGCAUUUCAAAAAGCAGCCAAAGGCUUUGUCUCCCGAACUUUAAUCCAAACUACAUUUAUUUUCCAUCCCCCCCAGGUGACGAUCAUUAUCUACCUGUCAGUGGUGGGCUCUCUGCUACUCUACAUGUUGUUCCUGCUGCUGGUUGAACCUCUCAUCCGUAAACAUGACCCCUACAUCCAACCCCUUCACAACGAGGAGGACUCUGAGGUAUAUGAACAGAUAUACACCACACAGAGGAAAAACACUGGGGUUGGUAGGUUAAGAUAUGGUCUCUGCUUCUUAACAUCUGCAACACAAUGUUACGUCUGUCGGGAGGCUGUGGGAUGUGAGGGUUAUGAGGAACAAUUCUACUGGUUUGCUGGUUUUUGCGUCACUGAUUAACAGGUGUUUGUAACGUCUUGUACACACACUCACUCUCUCUCUCUCUCUCUCUCUCUCACUUUCUCUCUCUCUCUCUCUCUCUCGCUCGCUCGCUCUCCCCCCCCCCCCCUACAGGACAUGAGGCCGCAGCCUGAGUAUGCUGCUGCUGCCCAGGGAGGCAGAGGUAACACGGUACUGGAACGGGUAGAGGGGGCCCAGCAGCGUUGGGAAAAAAAAGGUCCAGGAUCAGCGCAAGACUGUCUUUGA